GAAUCGUUUCCGGCGCACUUGGAUGACAACGAGCAUCGCGGCCUGAUUGUAGUGUUUGGUUCUAAUCUAUUCUCUUUUUGUCACUGACAAGAAACAGUUUCAUUGUUGGCUGUUUCUUUGUUUUUAUAAUGGCGUUAGAGACAGUACCUAAAGAUCUUCGGCAUUUGCGAGCUUGUCUGCUGUGUUCCUUGGUAAAGACAAUCGAUCAGUUCGAAUAUGACGGCUGUGAUAACUGUGAUGCCUAUCUUCAGAUGAAAGGAAACAGGGAAAUGGUUUAUGAUUGUACGAGCUCUUCAUUUGACGGAGUCAUUGCAAUGAUGAGUCCUGAAGAUAGCUGGGUUUCUAAAUGGCAGAGAAUCAGUAAUUUUAAGCCAGGUGUUUAUGCAGUAUCAGUAAAUGGACGAUUACCCCCAGGUAUUGUGAGGGAGCUGAAAAGUAGGGGAGUCAUUUACAAAUCCAGAGAUACUGCGAUCAAGACAUAAAAGAUGACAUCGUUUUGUUUUUUUUUCCUGUUUUGUCGUGAAUUGAUCAGCAACUGAAGAAAUAAAUUACUGCUGGCAUUAAGCACAAGUUUGAGCCAUUCAUUCUGUUUUGGCUGCUGCGCAGUAUGGAGAAGUCAUAAAUGUUUGUUUUGCUUUGCUGUAUCAUUUAAAAAAUUGUUAACUUGAAGUUCAACUAUACAAGUAAACAGCUCAUAGAAAGUAAUUGGAACAGUUGUUUAUGCUUUGUGGGCGGGUUAGUAUUUGAUAAAUCUUAAUUGUUUUUUUUUUUUUAUAUACAUAUUGAAAAUAAAACAGUGAUUAAAAAUAAGAUGACAAAAAUCAUCUUUGUUAUAAUUUGUUGUAACAUGUCAAAAUACAAUUUUGAGAACUUCAUACUUGAGGUAGAUGUUCUUUCCUGAGAUGUUAUUUUUUUCAUAUUUACUGUAAGAACGUAAAUUUUAAGAUAUGGUCAAAUAAAACUGUUCUGUUAAAAGAAAAACUAAA